AUGAGAAAUGAACAUUUUCUUUCAAAUGAAUUACGUUAUUUUUUUAAAACACUUCUUAUUAAAACAAUUAUCUAUGAACUUGAUUGGCAUUUAGUUUUUCAAUAUCUUAUUUAUUUAAUUAAUAAUGAAGAUAAAUAUCGUGAUAUUCAAUUAAUAUCAGAUCUUUUUCAAUUAUUAUUACCAUUUAUUGAUAUAAACUCUAAUGAACAAUCAUUUGAAUAUUCUUCAGAUGAAAAAAUUCAAUUAAUUCAAGUCUUUCAACUUAUUCUUUCAUUUUUUAAUCAAACAUCCACAAUAAAUUUCGUUACAACAAAAUUUUAUGUACCAUCAUUAUCAUUUGAAAAUGAAAUCGAUAAUAUGAAAGAACGAGCACGACGCGGUUGGGAUAGUGGCCGACGAUAA